CCCAAGCGGCAGCAUCGAGCCGCGACCAUGUGCGCGCGGGUUGUCUGCUGCGCCGGGAGGACCCAGUGCGUCUCGUAGUCAGCCCCUCCGCCCCUCCCAGCACCGCCUACUGAUGGGAGUUUUUGAAGAGUCUCCCGGGAUGCACUGGCAGCAGCAGCAGCAGCAGCAGGAUCGCUACCUCGGCUCCGCGCACGACCCGUCGCGUGACCUCUCGCCCAACCUGCCCGUGCACUCGUGCGAGCCCUCGUCCAUGGGCGACGUGGAGGCGGGCCUCAGCAACAACAGCAGCCUGUGCAGCAACACCAGCAACACGAGCAGCUCCGGCUGCAGCACGCCCUCCAGCAACAACAACACCGCCGCGGGCAGCAGCUGCUCGGUGCACCCGUGCAGCCACCACCGCUACGACCCGCCACCCCACGAGCCGCUCAGGCCCAAGGCGGAGCAGGAGGAGGACUGCGAGGCGGCAGUCAAGUGCUCGGGCUGCGGGCAGCGCAUCGCGGACCGCUACUACCUGCUGGCCGUGGACCGCCGCUGGCACGCGGCGUGCCUGCGCUGCUGCCAGUGCCGGCGGGCCCUCGACUCCGAGGUCACGUGCUUCGCGCGCGACGGCAGCAUCUACUGCAAGCGCGACUACCAGAGGUUGUUCGGCGCGAGGCGCUGCGCGCGCUGCCAGGCCGCCAUCUCGGCCACGGAGCUGGUGAUGCGCGCGCGCGACCUGGUGUUCCACGUGCGCUGCUUCGCGUGCUUCGCGUGCCGCACGCUGCUCACCAAGGGCGACCACUUCGGCAUGCGCGACGGCGCCGUGUUCUGCCGCCUCCACUACGAGCUGGGGGCGGCCCCGCACCCGCCGCCGCCCCCGCAGCCGCCGCCGCCUCUCGCCUUCCCCGCCGCCUACCAGCCGCACUUCCCGGCGCCCGAGUUCCACCACCACCUGCCCCUCCACUCGCCCGCGCCCCUGCCGGCGGCGGCGGGGCCGGGGGCGGAUCUGGGCGCCGCCCCCAAGGUCUCCUUCUUCAACGGCGCCGCCGCCGCGCCCCGCACCAAGGGCCGGCCCAGGAAGAGGAAGCCCAAGGACCUGGAGGCGAUGACGGCCAACCUGGACCUGAACGCAGACUUCAUGGACGUGGCGUACGGACGCUCUGGCGCCGGGACGCCGGGCAUGCCGGGCUCCAACGGCCAGCAGCGCACCAAGCGCAUGCGCACCUCCUUCAAGCACCACCAGCUGCGCACCAUGAAGUCCUACUUCGCCAUCAACCACAACCCCGACGCCAAGGACUUGAAGCAGCUGUCCCAGAAGACAGGGCUGCCCAAGAGGGUGCUGCAGGUGUGGUUCCAGAACGCGCGCGCCAAGUGGCGGCGCAUGGUGCUCAAGCAGGAGGGCAAGGCGGGGCUGCCGGGGGACAAGUGCCCGGGGGUGGACCAGCUCGGCGACCUGGAGGCCUUCCAGCACCACGGGCCCGCCUCCGGGGACUACCGCCACCAGGGGCUGGGGCCGGACCCUCACAGCCCUGACUUCAUGCUGGGCGGCGCGAGUCCGCCCUCGCUCGAGUGCACCUAGUGGCGGCGACCCUGGCUCUCUGACUGGCUCACGAGACAA